AUGGUUGACAAGGGUGGUAUCGUUGACGUUGGUGACAUGGCUGACAAGGGUGGCAUCGUUGACGUGGGUGGCCUUUAUGCGAUCCGCGCGAUUGGCGGAGAGGCCCCUGCUAGGAGCGGAACCAACCUACGGAGCCACGCUGGCAGCAACGGUACCUUUCAGCUGAACAACCAAAUGGCGUUUAAGAAUUUUUUGAGCAGACUUCAAAGCAACUACAAGGGGACGAAUAUUAUUAAUGGGUACGACCAAACGAAGAUGAAGGAGGGCACGGAGAUGUCGGAGCCUCACGAGCAGAACGACAAUUACGUAUCGUUAUUUGAGGCUUUGAAGACUCUCGAGGAAAAAAACAUCCUUGUCGUUUCAUCAUCAGGCAACUGCUGCCCCACAACGGAAUCCAUGAACACAUUUCCUGAGUGUAAUUUAGACGUAAAGAAGGUAUACCCUACGGCUUACUCUCUAAACCUACGUAACCUUAUCACCGUUUCGAAUAUGAUUCAGCAAGAAAAUGGACAAGUGAUUCUAUCUCCAGAUUCUUGUUACAGUGCCAACUAUGUUCACUUAGCUGCUCCGGGAGACGAUAUAAUAUCCACCUUCCCACGGAAUAAGUAUGCAAUUAGCAGCGGUUCGUCUUUCUCCGCUGCCGUGGUUACUGGUUUGGCUGCCCUGGUGUUGUCUAUCAAUGCUCGUUUGAGUUACGAGGAGGUGAUUGACUUGCUGCGUGGCUCCAUUGUGCAAACGGAGUCCCUCCGGAGUAAGGUGAAGUGGGGGGGCUUUCUGGACGUGCGCCACCUGGUUAGCUCGACCAUCGCGCUUUCGCGCGGGGAGGCGGAAGCAGCCAGGGAGUGA